AAUGAUUUUGUGAACUUCAUCUGUCCAUGUCAACUUUGGGAUUUCUCUUUUGUUCUUGUUGUUUGAUUCCAAAUUCGAAUACUCCUUAUUAUUUGGCAAACCCUCUGACAAUCCCGGUUUCAAGCUCGCUGUUCUCUCCACUUUCCCCCAUGGAGAUCAAUUAGAGCCCGAAACGCCGCCACAGUACACACCAUCUCCCUUUCAUAACGACUCACGACGGCACGACUCGAUUCUUUUCAACCCAUUGAACCACUAUUAUAGACCUUAUUUGCCUUGCAUUUUAUCUUCUACUUGACUGGACCGGUUUCUUGAAUCCUCGCCCUAUUCUCCAAUCCCGAGUACGCCUGCGAUGCCCGCCGGUCCCAUGGAUGCCCUCGGGGCUUUCUCCUACUUGUCCGAUAACCUACCAACCUGGAUCACUCGUGUUACCGACCUGGCUGCACACACCGCUGCCAAAAACGCCGAAUAUGCAGAAGCUUAUAAGAAACACGCGACAACAGCAGGCAAGCCUAGACGCCGGCGCAAGAACAGCUCUGUUUGCUCUAUCCACACAGAAGAUAUAUUCCCAUCGACUCAGAUUCCCGACACUCCUACCACCGGUGCUGCAGACCAGAAUCAAGAUCCGGCUGCCAAUGACUCUUGCGCACAGAAUGAGUCUAACGAGAACUCCCGAAAGAGAAGGACGGACGAUGAUGCCGCCGCGAGCUUCGAGGAUCCAACGGCAUCUCUCGUCAGUACUAGGCACAACCUUAUCAUCAACUAUGACGGUCAUACGCAGAAGAUUUUGGAGGAUAUGGUUCGGAAUAUCGUGACGGCCAGAAACAACAUCCGACGAGGGCGAAUGUCUCAGCUUCCACGUAUGGGCUUCCGACAAGGUAUGCCUUCUAUGCCCGGCCGCGGUCCGCCAGACGCAGUAUUGUCCAGCAUUCGCAGUGCACGGAAUCGAGGGCCUCCGGGGCCGCAGAAGGAGACCGCUGCAUUCGAUCUUGCCGACAAGCAACUGGAAGUGGCUCACGGUUUGUGUGAGUCGGCUGCCUACCAGUUCCUCCGUUCGGGGGACUGCAAAUCGGAACUGAGUAGCGUGGAUGAGAAGUUCAAGAUGCUGCUUGAUAUGUCUAGCGUUGAAGUGCGACGACUGAAGGAACAAGAACGGCCACCACCAGAACCGGAGAAGGAGGAAACAACGAUAGAACCCCAGUUAUCAACCUCUAUAUCCGCGAUUGAGCCGAAUGAGAAGCUCAAACCCGCCUCACCAAACGGGGCUGCGACCGGGGCUAUCGAAGUCGAUGAUGACACUUCGGCAUCUUUGGAAGCAAUUGACUUGAAGGCAUUCCGGGCCAACCGUAUGGCCCGCAUGGGGCGUGCACCAGCGUGAUUCUCCUGAUAUCCUGUCGUUGUCUUCCUGUGAUGUUAUUGAGCGAGCGAUUUUGCGUUUACCACGUGGUUAUCCAGAAGCCAUGAAAUCUACGAUUAUUCCUUCUGUCAAUUCCGACUAUCACCAUCGGACCUAUUUUCGAUAUAUCUUCGAUAUUUCUUUUUUACCAUUGGCAUUAUUUGUUUACUUUUACUGAAGCAUAGUGUUGGCAUGGGCGGCGUUCUCUAUUAUCAUGAAAUUACAUACCAACAUCUACCAACAAUCAGAGUAUAUAUCCCAUCCUC